ACAAACCAACCGCAGCCGACAAGACACGGUAUAGAUAUAGAGACGACGCAGCACCACCGGGAGUCGUUCGGAGAGCAGUGGUUACACAAGCAACAACGGGCCGUCUUUGCGAGGAGAGGUGAAAACGACAAACGACAAAUAAUCAGAUUAUCAGGUCAGCAUCAUCGAGAGCCAGCAGCGUUCCGCUAUAGCUACACCACAUCUUGGAGGAGAAUCUGAUCCGACAGAAACCAAACGCAGCGUCAAGAAUGCCGGGCAGGAAAGACCAGCCAGAAUGCACGAGGACAGGUGGUGUUUGGCCUGGCUUGGUGCGCUUCGGUGUCUGGCUGCUUCUGACGCUACUGGUCGCUCAAGUCCUCCUGGGAAGCUCAGCAACAGCAGAUGAGAAAAGCCGAUUCCCUAAGUUCAUGAGAUGGGGGAAGAGAUACAGCCCAGAUUACGUGGUCGUAGAUGACAACGACUUUAAAGACGAACUGAAAAUCCCAGUAUUCGGAACCGAAGAGGUUUUGUGCAAAAACGUGGCGUCGGGCGGCGUUUAUCGCUGCGGCAAAGUAGCCGCGUAAGAACCGUUCCUCACCGAACACACGAUGCGACCUGACGUUUCUCAACAUUCAUUUCUGCACGCGGACGGGAGGAUGUUAAACUGCGACCACGGACACAUGACGACUCCAAAUUUUAACUUUUGAUUUGUUUUUCUCUUAAAUGUCGAUAAAAGGUUCAUUUGUCGCUAUCGUAGCCGUAUUAUGAUCGGAUAUAAUGCCUCAAAAAAUACAGAAUACACGCUUAUAUACGAUAAAUAAAUAUUUUUGUCGCUCCUUAAAGAUGUAGAUUAAAAAAAAAAGACAUGCAAUGCAAUAUAAGUAAUAGAAAGAUAAUGCUGCACGGUCGAAUAAGCCUGAAAGGAACAGAAUUGUUUUUCUUCAAAAGUAACGAAAAAUCUCGGACAUUCUGAUAUUCAUUUCGUGUUUUUGUCCUGGGCUUCAUGUUUUUGUGCUUUUGGAAUGGGCUUCAUAUCAUGUAAGUCUUCUGUUCAGCAUUUUGGUUCAAAACAAGAUAAAACGGAGGGCUGUUAUGGACAGAAGCUUCGUAGCUGUUUCCAUGGGAACAUCAUGAAGCAAUUAUUUUCCAAGACUAUUUUCAGUAAGCAGAUCCUAAAAUAAAAAUACAGGUGUAACGAUACGAAGAAAAAUUCUCCUAGCCAAUGAUCUGCACACGGAAAGAAUAUCCAGCAAAAAAAAUUCUUUAAAACUGCUGACUUAUGAAAAUAAUUGUGUACAAAGUUGACAGUAAGUUUCUUUUACAGAGACGCCAAAAAUGGGUGUUAGUGGAUCUAAUACUGCAGCCCGAUCCACUGUAACUCCUACCCCCUACCCCUCCCCAUACCGAUGCCUUUAUUUGGGGCAUUUUUUCAACAUAACUUCAGAAACUUAACAAUUACUUUUAAACACUGUUUUAUGCCUUAGGCUGUUUCUAUACGCCCGACAUGCAUGCUCUGUGUAGAUGCUAGGAUUUAUUAUUUAAACUAGCUGCCCUUACUUAUUUCAAAUACAACAGUCGGCCACUGAGCAUCCACAAUCAAAUCUCUAUCGGAAAAGACUGCUUUCUUUUCAUAGAUUUGUUUUCUGGGAUAUGAGUAGUAUUUUGACAGUUUCAAAGGAAGAUGAAUCUUCAACGCUUUCAGUUUUCUUAUUUUAGCGAGAUGCUGGUGGUGCUUGGAUUAUAAUCUUCCAUUGGACAAAAAUAAAGAGAUAAAAGUCGUUCAAUUUGUACUGAGCCAGUGCGGUAUUUCAACUGCGCAUGCGCACAAUGAUAUGGGUCACGAACCUUGACUCCAUGGGCUGUGUGUGCGUUCCUCUCAUAGAGAUAUAUUAAAUUAAUAUAGCUCUAUGGUUCCUCCACUAAUAUCGCGCAAGGCAUGAUGGGAACAUAGCGUUAUGUUUAAAAAUAACUCUAUGUGUAAUUUUAUUCUAUAUCUAUGGUAUUUACGAGCAUGGACUUUUACGUCACAUCGCGUCAGCGAUUUUAUCCCGAAUGACCUUUGACCUGGACUACUUCAUCAAGAUACCGAACUUGCUAAUCACUGGGUUGUAAUCCAUCAUGGGAUUGUGCCGUUCAAACAUUCAUAGGAACAGAUUAAUGUGGUAAUUUACAGGUAAGGAUGGGUACAUCCGCCUCGAAGAUGGUGAUAUUACGAAGUGUAAAUAUCGGCAAAAACGAAAUUCCAUCAUUGCUUGAUGUUUUGAACAAGUUAUUUAAAAUUAGUUGUGUUUCAAUUUAAGUAUUUUAAAAAAAUUACCUAUUUGUUGGGAAUUCUUGUAAAGUUAACAACACAAAUUGUAAAUAUUGCACAAAAUGUUACUGCUCACCCGUCCCAUUCUGUCUUAUCGUAUAAGGCAAGACCCAAUUAGUGUUAGUGUGACCACUAUAUCGAACUAUAAUUAAUACUAAUAUAGAUUAUGAGGUCUCUUGGGCUUACUAAUGAGAAAUGUGGCUCUCUAUAUAAAACACUGAUGACGUUGGUAGAAUUAGAAGUACAUGUAUUAUGAAAUUGCCUAAACGCACCGCCUUCAUCAACACAUUAAAAAAAUGAUGAUAGAAAUAAACAGACAAAAGACGGACUUCAAAA